ACAACAAGUUGAAACAAGCUGAGUUUCCUACAACCUCUUCUCCACCACCUACAGUUCAGUCGGCUCCUAAUGUUCACUUAAAAGAGUCGGUUGAAGGAGUCGGUUGAAAGAAUCGUUUGGCUUGCGAGCGACACAUCUCUAGCGUUCCCAGGCGUUGUACUUUCCUAGCUAGCUCUUCUGUGCAGGUACAGGUCUUAUAAAACAUGUUGGCCGCGAAUAGCAGGAUGGUGGUGAGCGGCCUGUGCCCUUUGCUCUCAGUUCAGCCCACUCGAGGACUCGUGGACGAAAAGAUCCGGAUCAUCGUGACAAAUUUAAACCCGAGCCAGGAGGUGACCCUUCACUGUCUGCACCAUUCAGAGGAUAAGGACUUCUGGGAGGCGUUUGGGCACUAUGUGAGCGACGAACAAGGCACUGUAACGGUGGCAAAGGACGCCAGUGUGGGAGGCACGUAUACAGGUGUGGAGUCCAUGGCACUGAUGUGGAGUCUGCGGCCAGUACCAGGCAGCCGAACAGGACUGAGGUUGCGAAAGCAAGAUGUCCUCUCCCCAAUGAUAUUCCACAUUUCUGUGUAUGAUGGACACAUCGCUCAGGAUUUUAACCAGCUCACACCAUUAGUAACCAUCAUCAUAGAAAGAUGGUACAUGGCUCCAGGUGUGCAAAGGGUCGACGUCCGUGAGAAAGGAGUUCGAGGAACUUUGUUCAUCCCUCCAGGUCCUGGCCCAUUUCCAGCUGUGCUGGACAUGUGGGGAGGAGGUGGAGGCCUGGUGGAGUAUCGAGCUGCCCUGCUGGCAUCACAUGGCUUUGUUGCUUUUGCUCUGGAGUAUCUGUCUGCAGAAGAAGCAAAAGACAUUAAUGUCAGUUACUUUGAGGUAGCAUGUCAGAUCAUGCAGGAGCAUCCCAUGGUGCUAAGGGACAGAGUGGCUCUGUUGGGCCUCUCAUUCGGCGCUUCUGUUGUGCUAUCUGUGGCUGCCUACUCCUCUGUCAUUAAGCCCCGGUGUUGCAUAUGCAUCAGCGGCAGUCACGUCACUCCUGUACGUAAUACUAUGUCUGAAGUUUAUGAAAGGCUUCACAGAAUGCUUCAUAAAGUGCGGAUAGAAGAGAAUGAGGUCAUCUGGAGAGACCUCAUCUUGCCCAUUCCAACAGAUCCACCUGAGAAAGUGGAUGUUGGCCAGAUAAGAUGUCCACUGCUUUUGGUUGUUGGCGAUGAUGAUCAGAACUUGGCUACACUGGAGUCAGCUGAAGAUAUGGAGAGAAUAACUGAAAAGGCAGGGAAUAGGCAUUUGCUCAAGAUCCUCAUCUAUCCUGGUGCAGGUCACCUGAUUGAGCCGCCCUACACACCACACAACAGAGCCUCCAACUUCAUGGUUGCUGGCAAGGAGAAAGUGAUCAUGCUCUGGGGUGGACAGACCAAACUGCAUGCAUAUGCACAAGAAGACUCAUGGGAGAAAAUUUUGGACUUCUUACACCAACACCUCUGCUAUGCAGCUCCACAGGCCCGACUGUAGUGGUGUAAGAAGUUGUUUUUGUUCUGGGCUUUUUUUUUUUUUGUAAUUGAUAAUAGAAAAACAAACAAAAUAACUCUUUGAAUGUCUGCGAUGCUUUUUCACUACCUCAUCAUUAAAACAGAGAGGAUCGCAGAUACACUUCAUACGGUGAGGGUGCGCAAAGUUUUAUAAUGUUUAAAUCACCUAAUAAAAUGACAUUAAUUAAAAGAACUGACUAAAUCAGCUUUAUUUCAGUGUAGAUGUAAAAGCAGCCAGUGAAAAGAGUGACUUUAUAAAAUUGUAUAAAAUGCAAAUUCAUAUAUCAGGGGUAUAACAGUAUGAACACAUUAUUCAGAUUGAACAGAUAAUGCUUCCUAAAUGAAUAUGAAUGCAGAGCUGAACUGUAGAUACAGUAUUGGGUUUUUUUUUUUUGUUUGUUUGUUUUAAGAAAACUUUGUAAAUGUUACUGAUUAAAUUUUGUAUCCUUUUACCACUUCCUUUUACCAAUAGGAAGCACUAUAACUAUGAGUAAUGUUAAAACCAUGAUAAAUAUUAUAUUACCACA